UAUGUUAUCAAUGGUACAACACGUGGUAAGGCUUGCAUACAAGUGGUGGAAAAACUUGUCAUAAGUGAAGACUGUUUGGUAUUAAACAUAUGGACACCAAAUGCGGGCAAUAAUAACACAAACAAAUCACAGCUCAAACCCAUUAUGUUUUGGAUACACGGCGGAGCUCUUGUAUUUGGGUCAAUAAAUAUGUAUAACGGUAGUUUUUUGGCCGCACACGAUGUGGUUAAAGAAAAUGCCCAUAAGUUUGGCGGAGAUAUGGAUCAGAUCACCAUUUUUGGUGAGAGCGCCGGGAGUUGGUCG